CAUCAGCUUGCAGCUGUGAGAAUCCACUUUCUGAUGAAUCAUCCGGCGAUGCAAACGCAGGCUUGAGCCACGAUAUUCAUGAAGGUCAUGAGCGACAGUUUAUAAGAACGACUCAUCUCUCUCUUGAAAUUCUAACCAAGCCCAAAAUUGCACUCGAUUUAGCGCACAAAACCAGAAGUUUACCACGCACACAAAGACACCCAACCAUGGUCUCUUUACCACCCCUCGCACCAUUCCCCCAGUCAUCAUGGCGACAGCAUCUCUCCUCCAGCGAAUGGAAUACACUCCUGCAAUCCUGGACAUCUAUUUGCCGUGCCAUUUCGUCCCUGUCUGAAAAGGACAUCAAGACAGCCCUGGCGCGCGACGACUCCAUUGCAACAUUCCUAGUCUCCUUCGCAGAGGAGACAGCAGAGGCAGGCUUCACAAUACUAGACUCUCACUCGACAACACUACCAAAAGCUGUAUUUCAGCUCGUAUCGAGAGUCUUCACUGUAUCUCCACCUCCUCAACUAUUCGAUUAUGCGUUCUUGGCAAAUAUCGCAAGAAUAUUCCCCAGGAAAGCUACUGCCCCUCUCAUUGCACGGCUCUUUCAGCGACACGCUGCUGCGCUUGAGGCUGCAUUGACUGCCCUGAAGAAGCAACUUAUCCCACAGUUAGAGGCUGGUAUCAAGGGUGAUUUGAAGAGCGUUGAAGCUCGCCUGAUACGACUGAAUUAUCUUCUACAUGCUUCGUCGGAUACCUGCACUUUAUUCCUUGCGGGAUCUGACUUUCUCGAUGGCCUCAUCGUGUGCUUCCGCGUCAUGAACCCUCCUCUGCGCAAAGUGAUAUUGACCACGACGUAUCUAUGUCUGGUUGGGUUAAUAGAUACUGAACCAGCCAAAUGGUCGAUGCUGAGUGAUCAACUAUACGCCCUCAAGGAAGCGGCUGAUGCUCACAAGGCUGGCCCUCUCAAUGUCAACGACUCACUUGUCCCUGAGCUCAUCACCAACACCCCCCUCUUGAAGGUACUACUACGGAGGGCGGAGGAUACCGGCGCGGCGACCGAAAAUUUCAAGAAGCGAAUUACGGCCUUGGAGGGCUAUAGAAAGGGAACCAUGGUCCGUCCUAAACGACUUAUAAGAAGGAGAUUGGAUAAAGGUAAAGGCAAAAUAACGCAGCAAGAAGCGAAUGCCGACAUUCAUGUUCAUAAAAUGAGCCAAAUCACUCAGGUUCAGGAUUUAUUUCCCGAUUUAGGAUCCGGCUUUGUGUCCAAAUGUCUCGAUGAAUACGGAGAGGACGUGGAGCAGGUUGUAGCCAAUUUGCUAAGUGAGACUCUACCGCCUCACUUGGCUAAUGCUGACCGCAGUGAGUCCUUGUCAUCACACCCUGAAGCAGGACACACAGAGCUUGCACCGCGAUCUACUCCGCCUCAGGUUCCCACACGGCACAAUGUUUUUGACGACGAUGAUUUCGACCGCCUUGCCAUGGACGUUUCUAAGGUUUCAUUUGGAAAGAAACCAGGCAAGAACGCCGAUGAAAUGCUCAAAGAUAAAGCAACCGCGCCUAACAAAUCGGCCAUUCUCUCUGCCCUCGCGGCAUUCGAUUCUGAUGAUGACGAACGUGAUGAUACUUACGAUGCUGACGAUGUGGGUGGUACCGUUGACGCCUCCAACCAGGAAGCCGAUGCGGCGAGCGACAGCAACGAGGAGGCAUUGUUCCGUGCGUACCAGAUGGACUCAAAGCUGUUCGACCGUGAUGCUGGCACAAGGCGAGGUAACCCGCGAGCCAAACUGCGGGAAGAAACUGGAAUGACAGAUGAAGCCAUAGAGGGAUGGGCCCUUAUCUUGGUCAGGAACCCCCAACAGAAGCGACGGUUAGAGGCCAAGUAUGCCUUUAGUGGACAACAAGCGCAACUAGAACGCACAUCUUGGCGAGCAUCUCCAGCUGGCUCGGGAGAAGAAGGAAGCGAACCUGACGGUGGAUCAUCGAGGGGUGGCAGAGGUGGUGGUCGAGGACGAGGACGGGGGCGAGGUCGGGGAAGAGGCGGCAAUGUUGCGGGGCCUACAGGCGAGAAGGAGACGGAAAGUGCUAGGAAGAACAAAGAAGCAAAUAAGGGGUCUCGGGCGAACCACAAUAGACGCGAUGCUCGGGCAAAGAAGAUGGCACGAGGAGGUUUCGCUGGCUGAUCAAUCACCAGUUCUCUGCUUCUUCCAUCUAUCUGAACCCGGCGCAGCAGCUAGACAAGACGUUCUUCUCUUUCGAGCCUGAGUUGGUGCAGUUGCUUCUGGCCCAUACAGAUCACCAAGAUCCAGCUCUGUAGCAUAGGGGCUCUUCAUAUCGGCUAUCAUGGGAGUGCCAGGAUAACCACUGGGCCCUGCUGGAGAGACAAUGCCGCUGAGAGAAGCCAGAGUCUCUUCGAUGCCCGAAUAGCGGUGGUAAUCCUUUGGUGUAGCUAGCUCUGAGACAGCCUCAAUAGAGGUCAGAUCCUGGUCGCCAUCACCUGUACCCAUUAUCAUGCUUUGGAGCGACAUCCGCGAGCUCCUCCUGCUACUAUUGAGGUAUACCCGUAGAUCGAAGCAUUGACGACAUGAUGGGUGUAACGGAAAGCAGUUUGCUUCAUCACGAUGCUGCGGAAGUUGAGGGCGUGACUGCUGCCCACACUUUUCCUGGAUAUCGUCGAAAAUGUCUGCGAUGGGAGUGAAGUAGGUGACACGUUGUCCGGGCCCCCAAUAGUUAUUGCGACCCCAGACUUGACCGAUUAGACCAUGUGUAUUGGCGUCAACAACUCCAGCACCACUGUCGCCGUUAACACCAAUGCCUCCACGUAUCCAGGCAUCCUCAUCCUCUUGCGGCCAUGGUUCCUCGAUAAACCAUUCUCUCGUAGCCUUCUGCGUCUGGUUCUCCACCCCAGAGACAUACGCAGGGAUCUCGCAAAUCUGACCGCGCUGAUAACCAGAUGUUCGACCGCUAGACAGAACAUCUGCGCCUGGCACAAUAGCGGUUGUAGUAGCCACGGUUGGUUCCUGAGUUGGAGGCUGGGUUUCUGAAGGGAACUUGCGAAGGAUAUUUGCUUGUGAAGUACGAGCACCGAUGAGAGCCCAGUCUGUUACGACAAGGGGCUUAUCCAUAUCACACUCAUCCCAAUAAGGAUCAUGCGAAAUUCUCGUCGUCUUGAGGUUCAGACCUGACGUGACCUCGAGCUUACCGAGCCUGAAGUUCGUCUCCUGGGCCAUGGCAUCAUGUCCCUCGUCUAUGCAUCGCUUGCGAUCUUGGGAAGAUGGAUGCUCAACCUCCACUUGAGCGAGCUGUUGGUAGGCCUCCAUGAAGGGAUGAAAGUUGCCCAACCAAUAACUCCCACCACCGACGGUGAUGCAAGGACCAAGAGUAGCAGUGCUAUCUUCAAAUACCCCAUUUCCUGUAACACCGAUGCUGUCACCCAUGCAAGGAUCGCGGAAGAAGUAGGGGUUUCUCGCGGCACAGAUAUCGUCCUUGUGAUCUUUGCCUAGGCCACGAGCCCAGGUAACGGUGCGGUUAAUCUCCCCUUGCGUAAAAGCAAACGUGACUAGCUUGGAAAAGUUGCUGGGGAUAAGAUCUUGAACGUGGCUAACAAUGAUGAUCUUUCGAGCACGAGAAAUAGAUUUUGGAGCCAUGAUGCAAAUUCGCUUCAUCUGUGGGGAUUUGCCUCGAGUGACAGUGACUACGUGACGGGGCCCAACCCAGAUAGGCAGAUAUUGGGAAAGAAAUGGAAGAAUGGCGUGUUCGAAGACUAGAGGAAAGCUCGUUAUUUCUAUACACCGUGAGGCUCGCCCUCUGAUAAGG